UUUCGCCGUUUUGUUAAAAAUCUUUGCAAAAAGUGGGAAUUUUUGAUAAUUUUUCCUUAUAUUUGUGAUAAAGAUAAGGGUGAUAAGAGCGAUAAGAGAGCAUUAGCAUCAUUUGCAACACCCGCCGUCGUUCUCGCUGGGAAAGUAGGCCGAUAAAGUGGAAAAUCGUGGAAAACGGCGCUUUUACCUUUACCGGAAAAGGGACCCUUUUUUGGUAGCUCCGGGAGCUAGUCAAACAACUCAGAAUCGACCCUAGAGAGAACAGAGAUACGGGAGACUCGGAAACCGUGCCGCAAGCAUUACGGCAAGAUCUCCUGCAACUAAGAUUGCAAAUAGCCCAGAAAGCUAGCUGGACUCUAAGAAAGCAGAGGUCUACGCGAAGGCCCAGGAUGCUGGAUUCAAUAGCUGUACUGGCCAUAAAUCCUCACUGAAGAAACAGUCAAUUUAGAAGUGUUGAAAUUUUGAAAAUUCUUCAAUAACGGAGAGCGGACUGCGACAUGGCGGAUUACUGGAAAUCGAACGACCGAAAGUUUUGUGACUUCUGCAAGUGCUGGUUAGCGGAUAACAAAUCGAGCAUACAGUUUCACGAAAAUGGGAAACGACACCAGGCAAACGUACAGAAGCGUAUCUCGGAGAUCAGCCGCAACAGCUACAAGGCCCAGCAGGAGCAGAACAAAAUUGAUGCCGAUCUGAAAAGGAUGAACGAUGCGGCUGCGAAGGCCUACCUGCAGGACAUUAGUGCUUGCGCAGAUAUCAGCUCGAGGGAGCUGUACGCGAAACAGCAGCUAGAAGAAGCGCAAGCAGCCGCUGCUCAGGCCGUCUCGACGGCCGGUCCACCCUCGACCAGCAGUAGUUCUGCGGCUAGCGGAUCACGAGCUGGCCCAAAAUUACCUCCCAAAAGAGGCCGAGAAGCAGAUCCCUUGUACUUAGCGGGAGGAGACAGUGAUGAAGAGGCUGCUGAUGGCUCGAACAAAGCAAAGGCGGCUGCAAAACGGAAGCGUGUAGAGGAAAUGGCUCAGAUAGGCAACGGGUCCAUGUGGGUGGAGGCUGAAACGGAUGAAGGAUACCCGUACUACUGGAACGUUAAGACCGGCGAGUCAGCCUGGGAGGCUCCUGCGGAAGGCUUCAUGAAGAAGGACGAGUACGAGAAGCUAUCCAAAUUGGCUUGGCAAAAGCAGAAGGAAACGGCCGCAUCGGAAGCAAAGUACGAGAUCGAGAAUGCCGACGAAAUUGCGGCCCGCUUGAGGCGAGAAAAUAUGGCACACAUUUUCAAGCAAAACCGAAAGGCCAAGGAAGACUUUGAGCGAAUGGCGGAUCACAAACGAGCCGCCGCCGAGGAUGCAGAAAUCGAGCGGUCCAGGAAUCCCUACGGUAGCUGGCAAACUGUGGAGGCAAAGGAUGAAAAACCGAUAGAUCUUCAGCUCCCCGUAGUACCAGCCCCACUGUACGUACCAAGUGCAGCACCGGAAAUACAGCAGCCGAAAUUUAAAGAGAAGAUCGUCGAUCGCAUCUCAUCCGAGGUGAAGGGCAGUGAUGCCUUCGUGAAAAAGCGAAAAAUUCAACGCAACGCUCGGCAGCGGUUAGAUGUAGAUUAACUGGUUAAAUAAAUAAGAAUCACAUGCCCUACAAGUUCCCUAAUUUAGAUUAAAUACGUUACAUC